UGGAAUGAGUUUGACACGUGAUCUAAACUGCUGUGAAAUACAUUUUCCAAAACCAAAAAUAUUGCAUUUUCAGCUGUUUGAAGCUGGUGUAGCCUACAAAACCGAAAGUAAAAGACGCAAAAACUAACCUUAAAACCGGGAGCCAUAGCCCACAUAAAACAAGUCUACCGCUUCUUAGUAUGAAAAGAAUGCACUCACUACUGUAAAUCGAUCAAAUAUGUAAAACAUCUUAGACUUACUUUCAAUGAGAAUGACAGUAGCAAGUUACCUACUGCAGCUUUAAGCGAAAAAGUACAUUGUGUGUACACUACAUCCUCACGCGUGGACUUUUAUCCGCAACAAAUUUGUUUGGUGGGAAAAUCAUUUUUCUUUCUGUGGAUUUUAGAAUAUUCGCAUGACAGUCUGUAUCCAACUGGCUGGAAACCUACCGACGUGGGAAAAUCUAUAUAUUUUUCUUUCUGUGGAUUUGAGAAUGUCCAUAUGAAAAUCUGUCGCCAAUUGGCUGGAAACCAAGCUAAUGACAUUCUUAACCAGGCUCGUCUCACAUUUGUGACUGUAGAUCAAGGCUGAGAAUGUACCAUUUUUAUUUAAAAAAAACAUGUGAUUAACCUUUGUCAAAGACGAAGGAAAAACACUAGGUUAACACUAUUAGACCAGCCUAUCCUUUAUCAGUAUGCUAUAAUUUCUUUGCCAAUCUGCAGAGGUCAGACCACCAGCACUUUUGUGAAACUCCUUAGGCUGGAGCUGUAUGUGAUUAUCCCGGUCUUUAGCCAGGUUGUUGCAUGUUUUCCUCCUUUAACAUGACCAUGAGGACCACUGAGAAAUGUCUGUUGUGCCACCUCUACAGUACAUGUUACUGCUUUUUGUAGCUAUGUAACCAAGAGUGGCCAGCAUGUCAGUGACCGUGACCAAUGGCAAAGGGGUGGCUGUAUAUACCGUGAGCGCUAAAGAAGGAAGCAGUUGGCCCCUGCUGUGUCAAAUACUUGGGACCCUGUGCUACAGCCCGGCAAGCUCUGUGUCCCAGGGACCUUGGAGGCUCCAAGCAAAUUGCCAGUCAGCUCUAGGGACUAUACAGAUCAUGGUGGGAGUACUCAACAUUGGCUUGGGAGCGAUCCUUGUUAGCACUGAUUAUACACUGGCAGGGUAUAGGGUUCCUUAUUGGCUUGGUGGUGUGUUUAUAGCAGUUGGCAUCAUGUGUAUAUUGGCUGAGAAGUUCCCCAGUCCCUGCUUGGUGGGCAUCAAUAUGUUGACAAACAUGUCAGAUGCUUCUCUGGCCAUUGCUGGAAUUGUGCUGGCAAACUGCCAUUUCUGGUGGAGUUGCAAUGAUGACGACUACAUCUGGCGAGAUGACUACUAUGGCGGCCAGGUGAGACAACUACCAAGUCAUCUGCAGAGGAAUAGACUCUUGGCGAAAUGCAAAGAUGCCAAGCAGGUUUCACUGAUGUUGAUGAAUGCCUUGGACAUCGUGCUCAUCGUCCCUGCAGUCCUUCAGCUUUGUGUCACCAUCAGCUCUGCGGUGUUGGGUCUCAAGGCUUUGUACAAGGAUGGAAAGGAGGGAAAAGAGAACAUCCAGGACCUGGAGCAGUAUAAGCCUCUGCUGGAGGAGGUCACCACUAACCAUGCAGCUUAAAGAGCACAGAUCUGAUAUACUUUAUUGUCCACGAGGGUAAAUUUUGGAUGAUUUAGUCGUGCUGCUUCCACAUGAAAUCCAUAGAAUCAAAUGUAUUCUACAUCAAUGGAAUAUCAUCAUCAUACACGCCCCCACACAUUUUUUGUUUCAUACAUACAGUAUGUAGUACAUAUAGUUAACAUACAACCAGUGUCAAGUCACAGUAAAUUAAGUAUGUCUUCAUGCAGUUUGAGUCAUGUUUUUUGUAUUUGUCAUUUUUACAAAACUGAAAGGAAAAAUAAAGGGGAAUAUAUCAAGUUAA